AUGAAUGUUGAGAAUGUGGAACAAUGCGGUGAUUCUCUCACAAUUGAAGAAGUGGCUGAAGUUACGAACGAUGGAAAAUUGUUAUGGGAUGAGUCACUCAUUGAAAAAUUCGUGAAUAUUAUGGUGGAAGAAGUUAAGGCUAAUAAUCGUAGUGGCACAACAUUUAGUAAAAGUGGUUGGAGUAAUUUAAUCAAACAAAUGAAUGUUCACACGGGGAGAAAAUUUGGUUUAACCCAACUUCGGAAUAAGUUUAAUGGUUUGAGGAAAAUUUAUACUGAGUUUAAGAAAUUAUUAUCGGAGACUGGCGUGGGAUAUAACCAUGAGACGGGCAUGGUUAUAGUUGAGGAAGAGAGAUGGGACAGGUUGUGCAAGGUUGUUACGAAUGCAAAUAAGUAUAAAAAGUAUGGAUGUAAGCAUUUUGACAAGAUGUUGACUAUAUUUGGGGACACAUAUGUAAGAGGGAUGCAUGCCCACCCAUCCACUACAGCACCACCCACAAUCAUUUUGCCCACUCCCAAUGAUGACGAUGAUGAGGAAGAGGGUUGUGAGGUCAGUCCCCUACCUUUACGUAAAGGUAAGAAAGCCAAAAGAGAUGUUUUAUCUCCUGGUAUAGCUGCACUCUUGUUAAACAUGAAUGAGAAUUCUGAGAGGAGAGCUGAGAGAAUGGAAGCUGCAAUAGAGAAAGCAGCUAAAGCAUCUUCUACUUCUACUCGUGUAUCUUCAUGUGAGAAAGGAGAUGAUGAAGUUCUCUCUCCCUCAAAAAGGAUAGAGAUUAUGAAAUGUUUGACGCCUCCAUGCUCCAUUUACAAAAAAUACCUAGAAUUGAGAUGGCCCAAUUCGCUAAGGCAUUGUGUGGGAGCUAUAGAUGGAACCCACAUUCCUGCAACUCUGCCAGCAAGUACACAACUUCAAUUUCGUGGUAGAAAGGGUUAUACCACACAAAAUGUAAUGGCUGUAUGUGACUUUGACAUGAGGUUCACAUAUGUGCUAGUUGGGUGGGAAGGCUCAGCUAAUGAUUCGAGAAUCCUAAAUGAGUGUACUGAAAAUGAGGCAAUGAACUUUCCAGCUCCACCAGCAGGUAAGUAUUAUUUGGUGGACUCAGGGUAUGCCAAUAAGCCUGGUUAUUUGGCUCCAUUUUGA